UCCUCGGUCACGGGUUGAUGGCGACCUGGGCCUCAGGAGACCCCGGCUGUGGGAGUGAGAGCGUCCGGUGUUGGAGCUGGUUGUAGGUGUCAGAGUGAGGCUGCGUGUGCGGUCUACCUGCAGAUGGUACCAUGGACACCGAGAGCCGGCCGUCAGAAAGUGCGAAGCUACUGACUCCGGUGAACAGCUAUGGCUCCCAGGACAGUGUCCAUGUUGUGGGCCCUCAGCCUACCCACCUGUGCCAGGGACAAGAGGAAGAACUGAGGAGGAAACUAAAAUAUUUCUUCAUGAGUCCCUGCGACAAAUUCCGAGCGAAAGGCCGGAAACCCUUCAAACUUAUUGUGCAGAUAUUGAAGCUCAUCGUAGUCACAGUGCAGUUGAUCCUGUUUGGAUUGAGUAACCAAAUGGUGGUAGAUUUUACAGAAGAAAACACAAUGACAUUUAAGCACCUCUUCCUGAAGGAUUACACAGAUGGGUCGGAUGAUUCUUACGCUCUGUAUACACAGAAGGAUGUCUACGAUUCUAUUUUCUACACAGUUGAGCAGUACCUGGCUCUGCAAAACAUGACUUUGGGACGGUACGCCUAUGUGUUCGGUGGUGAUGAGAAUCGCACUGCACUGCAGCUCUGCCAGCGCUUUUACAAGAAAGGCAGCAUCAAUCCAGCAAACGACACCUUCAACAUCAAUCCAUGGGUGAUAACAGAGUGUGUAUAUGUGAGUCCCUCUUUUCACAUCAAUCCCAGAGAAACACCGCAAUACAAGAAUAUCACAUUAAAAUUCUACAAGCUGAUAGAUGUCUCCAUAAGGUUUAAACUGAAGGCAAUUAACAUUCAGACCAUUAUCAACCAUGAAAUCCCAGAUUGUUACACGUUUCAGAUUCUAAUCCUGUUUGAUAAUAAAGCGCACAGUGGCCGGAUAAAGAUCACCCUGGAUAAUGAUGUGGUUAUUAAUGAAUGUGUUGAUCCCAGUGUUUUUGGAUAUGCUAAUAACGACGCUGGACGAUUGAUCUUUGACAUUUUUAUUAUUUUGUUGUGUAUGCUUUCAUUUGCCCUGUGCACGAGAUCAGUUAUCCGAGGACUCAUGCUGCAACAUGAAUUUGGGAAAUUCUUCCGGUUGAAACAUGGGAAGGAGGUGUCACCUGCUACUCGCAUGGAGUUUCUCAACGGCUGGUAUGUUCUGCUGAUCAUCAGUGACGUUUUCACCUUUGUGGGAACAAUCAUGAAGAUCGGAAUUGAGUCCAAGAAUUUUGCAUCCUACGACGUGUGCAGUAUUUUACUGGGAACCUCAACCCUGUUGGUUUGGGUUGGAGUUAUUCGCUAUUUGAGUUUCUUUCAGAAGUACAAUAUCCUCAUUGUAACUCUCCGAGCGGCUUUCCCCAACGUGAUCCGCUUCUGCUGCUGCGUGGCCGUCAUUUACAUGGGUUAUUGCUUCUGUGGGUGGAUAGUGCUGGGACCUUAUCAUGACAAGUUUCGCACACUGUCGAUGGUUUCGGAAUGUUUGUUUUCACUCAUCAAUGGGGACGACAUGUUUGUGACGUUCUCUCACAUGCGACAGAAAAGUACGCUGGUGUGGCUAUUCAGCCAGUUGUACCUGUACACCUUUAUCAGCCUCUUCAUCUACAUGGUCCUCAGUCUCUUCAUCGCCCUCAUCACUGGCUCGUAUGAAGCCAUAAAGCACCAUGGAAUCAGUGGGGUCCAUCCCCUGGAGCUGCGUGAAUUCAUCGCUGAGUGCACAGACGCUCCAAACUCUGGCAAGUUCCGUGAAAUGGAAAGUUCGGUUUGCUCCUUUUUCUGCUGCUGCGACAGGAUGACCACUUAUGAGGACACCCUCUUGGUAAACUGACUACAGCGUCUGAUCGAGGUGCUGCCAGGAUCUUGUGUGGUGAUUCCAGUUGGUUGUGUGCAGUGAACGAUAACCAAAGCCUUCCGGUGAAAUACCAAGAUCGGCGAAGGCAUAUCCCCAGUGUCAGUGCAAAGCAGAAUGGUUUGAAGAGACAGGAAAUGGAAAUCCUUUCUCCAAAUAACUGAUUAAAUGGUUGGCAGGUGUAUAGUAAGGAGGAAUGUUUUCUCUGAUUUUUACUUUUUACAUAUGAAGGGUACGUUGUUGUGAGAUUAUCUUGUUAUUUAAUUAUUUUAAUUCAAUAACUUGGAGGCAUCGAAAUCUUUGUCUUCCCCAUAUUCCAUUGGCUGGAUAGGAAAUGACAUAGAGUUGACCAGACGGCUGUUGCUGGAAGCUUCAAUCAUUAUUCAGUGUGUGAAAAGCAUUCUCUGCUAAAUCCUCUCCUCCCCUGGCUUCUGCCUCUCUCUGACAAUAAUCUUCUCCUUCUACCCAACGAGAAUGAACUGGAUCAGUGUGUUGGUAAACAGGAGCUGUGUAGUCAUUAGUAGUCUUGCUGUACUCCCAAAAAUAAUCAGUCUGUAAGUUAUUCCUUCUUGCAAAUCUGUUCCAUGGUUUAUUUACAUCCUGGGUAAUUGGGAGAUUAACUUUGUUUACAUGAUACUUCUAUAAUCUUAAAGACUUCAACUGCAUCAUCCUUAAUCUUUUGUCCUGUGGACUUAGUCUAUUCAACUCAAUCCUUUUAGCCCUGCUAAUAUGCUGGUGAAACUGUGCUGUAUAAAUCUGAGGCCAGUAUACCCUUUGUUGUCAGGGCUGAACAUCGUAUGUCUGCUUUUUAUUGGCUUUCUAGGUUUCUGUUACUGGUUUUCCUACAAGUCCAGGCAUCGUCUGGGAAGCCUGUUUCUCCGUUGUAAACAAAUCAUGCAAGGCGUCACUUCACAAGGCCGUUUACUGCCCUCUGUGUGAGAUGGAUGCUAAUGUUGGUCAAUGAACUGGAGUUGGUGAUGGACUCAGCAAGCCUAGUAGCCGCAAGCCUAGCAGCCGUAUCGUACAGCAAAUGGUUAUUUAUUCCAUGGAAUCUGUUUAAACUGUGUGCACUACAGAGUCCAUUUAAAAAAAAAAGUGCUUUCCAAUGAUGCCUGCCCACAAAAGGAGGGUUAAUUCUCUCCUGUGUGGAGUGGAGGGUAGUUGCGUAAUGCAAAUUAUGUGCACAAAGCUAAUUGUUUGCUGAUAGCUAUAUAGUGUCUGGAUGUGGAUCUGUCCAGUCACCUGCAUUCUGACUGAGACUUGUGCUGCUGUGUGUAUCCCUUCUGGGGCGACAUUACUUAUUGAGAUGCUGCAGAGCUGCAGCUACUUAUUGACAGCUGUCCCACUGUCCAGUUUCAAGUCUCAGUUCAAGGCCGUUUAAUCUCAUCGUACUGAUAAAAUGAAUUUGCGCAGCGUGUAUUGGAAUCAGGAGGCACUGUCAACAAAGUCAUGUCUGAAUUGAAACUCUGGUACAAGUGGGAUCCCCACUGCAUUUGAGUUGUCAGAGUUAAGAGUUUGUAAAGUUAAAGGGUCUAAGUUUCUAUUUAGAAAAGUGAGAGCUAAAAUAUUUUAAAACAUUUUAAAAUAUUUUAUGAUAUUGGUUCCUGUUAGGACAAGGAGAAAGUGAGGACUGCAGAUGCUGGAGAUCAGAGCUGAAAAUGUGUUGCUGGAAAAGCGCAGCAAGUCAGUCAGCAUCCAAGGAGCAGGAGAAUCGACGUUUCGGGCAUGAGCCCUUCUUCAGGAAUGUCCAAAACGUCGAUUCUCCUGCUCCUUGGAUGCUGCCUGACCUGCAGUGCUUUUCCAGCAACACAUUUUCAGCUCCUGUUAGGACUAUACCAUAUUAAGUGCAAGUACAGUAGAAUUGUGCGAAGUUGAAUUGCGAGAGGCCUGCCCACAAAGUUUUGGCCUUGAGUGGAGUUUUGAGUGUUUUAAGAAGCCGUUCUAUAACCUGAUCUGCCUGCAAAUACACUAUCAAAAAAAAACACAUGGUAUCACAAUGCUGUGUGUGAGAUAUGCUUUUAUAUUUCAGUCUACUUUAACUAUGACCUGACCUUGUACAGUAAAAGGCAUUGAAAAGCUGUUUGAGUUGGCUCUGGAAAAGCUCAGUAAAUAUUUUCAGCUUAGUCUGUUGUCUUCAGGAUUGUGACACACUCCUCCAUGUAGUGAAGCAGUCCAUUCUGUCAUGCUGUCUAAUGAAAUCGCAGACCAUCUCCACAAUCUUUUGCUGUUUGAGUGAGAGAGAUGGGUGCUGGGAGUGAGUAUCCAUCGCACUCUUCAGUGUCUUCAGGGCAAUAACCUUCCUUUACUUACUUUGAUGUAUUUCCCUGGUCCAUGCCUUUAGAUGCUGGAGGUCACUGAAGAGGCAUUGCAAGCCCUGUGCUGCCUGGGUAUUGAUGGUUACAAAUCCAUGUGGUUCCCUGCAGUUUCUAAUAACAAGAACUGGUAUCUUUCUGGUGCCAACCCUGUUUGCACCAUCACCUAAGUGCCACAUUUCUUGUCUCACUUUCCAUCGCUACAUAAUCCAUCCUCAGAUAUUGAAGAACAGUCUGGAGUGGUCCAGUUGCUAGUUGGUUACACUUUUUUUUUAGGGGAGAGGUAGAGUGGGCAAGGUUUAUGAGCUGAGGUGCUAGAGGGGGGCUUUGGGCUACGCCCAGGCAGAGGGUUUGUGGCUCAGGGUAUUUUGUGAUCGACACGAGCAGGGCACUCUUGUCAGAUUGUGGUGAUUUCUGGCCAGCUUUUGAACUGUGUUGAGAGACCUCUCCGAGAUACUUGCCUGAGGCUGUUGUCUGAAUUGCUUCCUUCAGACAGUGGGGAAGAGGGAGAAAAUGGUAAAUUCUAGAAAAAUCCACAUUAAAAACUGAGGACUUUGCAGUGCACAAGGUCACUGAGAAGAAGAGAGGACAUGUUGACAUUUGGAGUAACCUCUCUGAACUGUCCAAUGUUGAAAGCAGUCUGUGCCCAGUGCACUCUGGAGGUCACUUCUGAUGGAGAGUCUGCGCUCAGCGUCCGUUCAGGUAUGUGCCUGAACCCCGCAUAUACUGCCAGACUUGUGUGUUUAUCCUGUGUUGUGCAGGAGCUUGCCCCACAUCUUGGUCUGUAUGUGGAAGCACCAGGAAUUGUCAAUUGUGAUCCAUGUGUUGAAGGUUUUCACUAAAACAUUGUUCUCUUCACUCCUUGUUGUGGAUCAUUUUAUGGAUGUAUGCAAGUUGUUUUAGACCAUUAAAGUGCGCAUUUGUAUUUGUUUUGGCCUUGACAAUGUGGACCAUUUUCUCAACUGCAUGUUUCCAUGUGUUUUCUGCCUCUGUGUUGCUCAGAAUUCCAGAGUUGUCCUUUUUGAAGGUAAUAUAACAAUCUGUGUACAAUUUCCUAUCUUAAGCUGUUUCCAAGGCGCACAAUAAUAAAUUAAA